ACUUCCCAAAUUCCAUCUGGCACCAACAAGAUAGCCAAGAGUUUCUAUACAAAUUUACAAAGAGGUUUUGUUUUUUUAGGAAUCAUCUUAAAGGACUUAAGAAAGAAACCGCUCGUCAAAACUGUCCUUUUGAUAGAUUCGCUUUGCUUUGCUAUAGCUCUUUUCCUAGUUGUCUGAACUCAUAAUCGUAAAGAAAGCAAUGAAUGUAGAACGUUCCUUUUUGAAAUUAUCAAACAGUUUUAACUGGUUAAGAGUUGCUUCCAGACAAGCAUCUUCCAUUCCUUCGACAAGAGAUGGUAUAACGGAUGUUAAGAAAUUUUUUCAAAGAAUUGGACGCAACACUGAGCAAAAGGUUGACGGAAAAAUAACAACCUGGGAAGAACUAUUCACCAAAAACACAAGAGACAUGAAAGAAGAUGGACUGGAUGUGCGUACACGAAAGUACAUUGUGAAUCAACGAAAUCGGUAUAUCCAGGGCUACAAUCUUACACCAUACCCAACAAUGAAAAAGAAGAAAGGAGGAGAGAGACGCUCUUAAUGAUUAAAAAACACUUGUCUAUUUACCGACGUUUUUCUUAGGUGGAAAAUAAUAUUGCUUGAGCAAAGAAUUCUCGUUUUAGAAUAAGCUUGAAAGCCGACUUUCAAGUUGGCCAUGAAACCAUCGCUGGAAUGAAGGUGAGAUCGUCAGCAAUGCUGAUUCGCAACUAGGAAAUUUUUUUUUCGUACAUCCAUCUCCUUGUUUUUCUUCCCAUUCCCAUUCCCAUUCUCCAUUCACCCAUGCCAAAGUUGCUUGUAUCUGUUCGUGCGUAACCACCUUUAAAUGGGUUUCUUGUUUGGAAAGCUCCUGCAGACCAUCUCGAAAUUCGCGUACAGCAUUGUCAAGUUCUAUAUGAAGCUGUUGAUUGUCCAUAACUUAGUAGAGAAUACUGAACAAAAAAAAGAAAUGGUAAAAAACCGUUUUUGACUGAUUCUUUUAUUCUUUCUAUAAUGUUUGUAUAAUGCUUUGCCGGAUUUUACUCGACAACGUUCAACUUGUUUACAAAACAAACAGUUCUACUCAGAUUAACUUUACUAAGGUAGGAAGAGAGUUCUUCCUUACCAUGAUAGAAUAGUACAGGAACGUGAAAUGAGCUUCAUAGUGCUACUAACAAUCAGAAAUAAUAUGAAAGCAAUAUUUUAAUUGAAAAAUAUGUGUGUUUUAGAUAGAAGAGAAUUUAUUAUUUAUACAACGAAAACGAUUUGAAUGAUCUCUUAUAUUUCAUCAGGCUUUAAAAUUUUUUGGCGUGUAAGUACAAUGUUAGGGGCUUUUAGAACGGAAUCGUCUUCUGUAAAGGUUUUGCUGCCUUUGCUGGCUUCCAAACUGUCUAUUUUGAUUGCAUUGUCCUCUGUCAUGUCGACGGAUGUUGAGCUCUGCUCUUCUUUAGCAUCUUGUUGAACACGCUUUAUACGCUUGUCUCUCAUUUGCAUGAAGCUUACUAUACACGAGGAAAGCAAUGUAAAUCCACCAACGACUAGCAAGGCAAUAUAACCUUUUAUAAACCUCGGGGCAUCCGUAUUGGGAUACAUGACUGGUGCCCACCAUAUAUGCCAGACAUUUUGCACCAUAUUCAUAGUGAAAACAACGACUCCUCUUUCUUGAUCAUUAUCACGGCAGACAUCGUUGGCCCACGAAAACCAAACAGCUUGUCCAGCGUACGUACAUCCCGAGAGAAAAUAAGCAAAGAGCUUAAGUCCAUAAGGUACGUUCCAUGCUAACAAUAUAGAAGCAGAGAUCAAAGUUACAAUGAACAAAAAUAAGCCGAAUGGCCAUCGAGUACGUCCACUGAGCUUAUCUGACAAUAUACUGGCCCCCAAGGUAGAAACAACACCCACAGCAGUGAUGACUGUAGGAUAGUUGUUAAUUUGAGCAACAGUAAACUCUUUGGAGGCUUUCAUCCAUUGGCCCAUAAGUACAUUGACGGCAAUUGCUUGGGUUUCUCCACUAAAAAGCCAAAGAAUCGAUAAACCAUAGAUGCGCCAAGAUCGUAAGAUAGUUUUUAGUGAAUUUAUGGUUAUUGGCUUUUUCUUUGGAAUAUCAGGAAGCCGCUUUAUUGCAAGCUGCUUUUCUUCCUCUGUGAAGUAGGGUGCUUUCGUUGUCUGGGGGACGUCUGGAAACAAAAAGUAUCCAUAAAAAGCCAACGGUAUCGUUAACAAUCCAUCAAUUAUGAAAAGCCAUCGCCAUCCUGCCAUACCGCAUAUUCCAUCCAAUGAUGAAUGAACAGCGGUCUGCAAAUAUCCUGCAAACAUAGUUCCAAUCAAACCAGAUAUGGAGAAUAUAGCGGCUCGUUUGUAAAUCUCACUUCCUUUGUACCAAGCGCCCAAGAUGUAAUGAGUACCCGCAAAAGUGGAAGCCUCUGCGAUGGCCAUGAAGAAGCGUAAUGCCAUCAUUGAGGGAACGGAAUGAACCGUGAAGGAUAGUAUGGUCAUAAUUCCCCAAAUCAAGUUCAUCACUGAAAACCAUAAUCUUGCUGGUACUUUCUGUAAUGCAUAAGAUCCAGGUAUUUGUCCUAUAAUAUACCC